UGUGGUUGGAAGUGAAGAUAAAUAGAUGGCAAUCAUAUUGUGUAGUUCGAACUCUGCAGUAAAAAGGUUCCACUUGACAGCGGGCUGAUCAUCCUGUCGCCACGAUGCGUGGGCUCUACAAGAUUCUGCUUCUUUUUCUUCUGGCAUGCCAAGAUCAAAACGUACUUGGAAGUAAAAUCAUAAAGGGGAAAAUUGCAGACGAUACUUUGAUGAAGUAUAUGGUAUCGGUGCAGGAAGACGGUGAACACAUAUGUGGAGGAUUCCUUGUCAGCAAACAUGUUGUUGUCACCCAUGGGGGGUGUAAAUUUGAUGAAAAAGGAAAAAUAUUUGUUGUUCUCGGCACCCACAAUCUCACGCAACCUGGCUCUAAAAUAAAAGAACAAAUUAAAUCCACACGCAAACCCCCACCUGGAAUUGGGACUGACAUCAUGCUCAUUGAAAUCUAUCGAACAAAACCAGAAGAUCUACCAGAAGAAAUUCAACUUCAAGACCCUGAAACGGAUGUAAAAGAAAAUGAAAAGUGCCAAUUAGCUGGAUGGGGUCCAGUGGAGAACGAUGGAUCUGAUUAUGACGAUAAGCUCCAUGUGGUGAACGUGACUGUCAUCAGCCCGAAGGCUUGCAAAGUGCAGAUUCCUGGACUUCGUGCCAAUGCUAUCUGUACAGGUGGAAAACAGACAACAGACGAGGGAGGAUUUUGUAAGAGUGAUGCGGGUGGACCCCUCGUGUGCAAAGGGAAAGCUGUUGGAAUUGCGACUGUCGACGACAAAUGUUCCUUCCCAGGUUCACCCAACGUCUACAUUGAUAUCUCAAAAUACCGUUCCUGGAUCGACAAAGUAUUAAAUGCAGAUGGUAGUAUAAUCCCAAAAGCAAUAGCCCCAGAUGAUACGUACGAGUUUUUAGUCUCCCUGCAAAAAAACGAGAAACAUGUGUGCGGAGGAUUCCUGAUCAGGGAAGACUUUGUGCUCACUGCUGCGCAGUGUAGCGCCGUGGUACCGGACAGGGUCGUUGUUGGCACUCACAAUCUCCUCAACGUUGGUGAUGAAAAUGUAAGAUACAUUGAAAAGAGCUACAAACACGAAUCCUAUACACAAGUAGCCGGAGGUUAUGACAUCAUGCUCCUCAAACUGACGAGGAAAGUUGCCGGGAACAAAAAACAAAUCAUUGCCCUUCCUCCUUCUAAUAUGCACAUUCAAGAAAAGAAAAUCUGCCAUGUAGCUGGAUGGGGUAAAACAGAGACUGGUGGUGGAGUUGUUGAUAGGCUGAUGGAGGUGGAUGUGUCUGUCAUAAACCUGAACACAUGCUCUCAGUCAUGGGGUCCUUCUUUUCCUUCCGAUGUUAUCUGUGCCGGCGGUUAUGGCAGCCACAAAGGCUUCUGUCAGGGUGAUGGUGGUGGUCCUCUGGUGUGCGACGGGAUAGCUGUUGGUGUUGUGUCUUACAACUACGACAGAAACUGUGACUACCCAAAUAAACCCAACGUCUACACAGAGAUCUCCCAAUACCUUGGCUGGAUCAACAGUAUCAUCAAUUAAAAAGCUUAAUAUACAAUUUCAUAAAGCUUUGCUUCAGCACACUUUGAAUGUAUUUAGGAGGGGAGGCUGUGUCUCAGCUGCUCUGUCAGUGUUCGCUCUUUAAUGGAAAAGCAAAAUAAAGCAAAUGUCUCAAA